AUGAGCAACGUUCCACUCACAGAAGAUCAGAUCGCCAUCGAAUAUGCUAAACAUUCAGUGGCUGGCAUCAGGGUAAGACAACAUUCUUUUCAAAAUUACUGAAUAUCAAUAUCGUAUUUUACUGUUUUGGCAGUCAAUAAUAAAAUUUUAUAGAUUUAGGUAUAUAAUAUUAUUAACUUUUUUAAUUUUUAGAGCGAAUGUCGUGCGACAGCUGGAAAUGUUGAACAUGAACUAGCAAUUGGAAAUAUUGUGAAUGAUAAUUUGAGUAAAAUUGCCAAAUUGAAGGAGAAUUUUGAGAAACGAGAGGGUUUGAAUCAAAAGUAAGUAACUUUCGUAAGUUUUGUUUAUGUUUUAAUGUUUGAAAACUAGGAUAGAGUUACAAUAAUAUUGUUUCUUCAGGUUUAACUCGAUGAAAGCAUUGUACGAAGCUCUGAUUGCCAAAGAAAAGGAAAUGACAAGGACCGAGAAGAAGCGUAAGCUUACAUUUAUGUGUUUUUACUCAAUUUUAGGUAUUUAUUUUUUGCAUUACUUUUAUAUUGUUUUAGUCAAAGAAAGACUAGACAAUGUUGUUGCGGUAAAAGAAUCCAAAGUGACCGAGUUUUUCGGGUUGAACAGUGGAAUUGACGCAUCUCUGCCACAUGAUUCAUUUGAAUUGGACCAAGACGAAAUCAGCGAUAAGAUUGAAGAAAUUUGCGCUCGGAUACAGAGCAAAGAAAGACAGGUAGCGUAAUAAUGAAUUAGUUUGUCAAACAUUGAAUAUUCUCAUAUCUAAUUUUUCGUAUUUUCUUAUGUUAUCAUCAUUUCGAUAGUCAACAUCUGAAUGUUUUUCUAGAGCUUAAAAAAUAUUUUUGGGUUAUAAAGAAAGCAAAUUUGAUAUUCUAUAUUUGAUCAUAGUGUAUAUAGUUUAUUUCUUUUAGUAUGGGUUGGUUAUCCAAGAAACACGUCGGAACUACAACAGAUACAGUGAAGAAAAGAAGCGUUUUGAUGGUAUGCAAAUGUUUGGCAAGUUAUUUUUUUAUUAUAUUUUAUUUUAGUUGACAGAGAAAAACUGUAGGGACGUCCCUGGUCCGCACGUCCCCUACCUGUGGACCGAUUUUUCAAAAAAAAAUUUUUUCUAUUUUUCGCGUACAGGUACCUGUGAAAUUUUUUUCGGCUCUGGGGGCGGAUCCAGCCCCCCCCCCUCCCCCUAGCGACGCUCCUGAUUGUCCAUGAUUUUUGUUUAUACUUUUCAUAAAUGUUUUUCUUCAUUAUAAUUUAAAUUCUAUUUUCAAUAAUUUACAGUUUAUUCUUUAUAAUUUUCAGGAUCUUUGAAGGAUCCUAAGCAGGAAUUCGGCGAAAAGUCAAAGGAUUCUGAAGCCCCACAAGUCCUCACGACUUCAGAGAACAUGAGUGAUACUGUGAUCAGCGAACACGCCGAUCUGAAUGCCUCGCUGUACGUUGUCUGA